UUCGCGCUUUCCGUGCUCGCUCGCGAUCUCAGGCCGCCUGUUUCGUAUCUUCCAAGCGUUCGUCACUAUCGGGAAGACGUGUGCUGCUCGCCGAGGCCAGGAGGUUUACACGUUCACUUCAUCUGCCGCGGUCCUCAUCUACUGCUGCGAACGGACGAGCCCUGCCCCCACAGGUCCACGAUUGGAGGACUUGUGAGUCACCACGCAUCCCUACACGAACCGCUACCAGUCGAGUCUCGCGAACGGCCUCCAAGGCCCACAGCGUGCCUCGACCGGGCCCUCCCCGCUCGCCGGCACUCACCACCCUCUUCUCUCGGAACAGGCUCUCGCGUCCGGGAAGACACUCGGCGCCGCGUUCGAAGACUACGCAUCCCUGCCGGAGCACAUCGAGGAAGACGACUUCGAGGAGAUAUCGUACGACGAGCUCCGCCUAUCGCUCUGCCCUGCCGAUCCUGCGCACUUCGCGCCCGUCUUCGACUACCAGCGAGCAUACAACCACACGCUUCUAUCGCGCUCCCGCUCGUCCAUCUCUCGCCUCCGAAAGCUAUCCCGAGCUUCCCUCAAGCGACCACGCGACGCACUCACGCGCACCCGGGCAAAGCACGUCCGGACACUCGUUGAAGAUCCCGCACGAGAACAAACACCCUCUUUUGAACUCUCGAAGCCCUCUUCCUCCUCCUCGUCUACUUCCAGCAGGGCAUCUACCUCUCCGGAAACGCCACCAGCGCACACCUCGCCGCUACUCUUCCUCGGACCCGACCCUGCACGGAAGCCCGCGUCUCCAAACGACAAGGAGGCUUCCCUGACUGCCCACUUCGAAGACGAAGCUACAGUCGAGUCCGAUAGCCUUGCGCUUGUUCCGGCGGCGACACCCCCCUCUCCGAAAGCCAAGUCCUUCUCCUCGUCCCUCCGGCGCCUCCGAACUUUAAGUAGGUCUUCGCUAUUUAGCGCUCGCCGACACGCGCCCCAGGUGUGCGACGCCCUCCCUGCCGAAAGUUCUGGUGCAUCCCUCCAUCUCCCUAGCCCCCCUACCGCAGCGGAGGCCCUCCAACUCCCUGAGCUUGUCUUCGACGAACUUGAUUUCUCCUUUAUCGUCGAAGAGAACACCUCUACGCCUUCCGCCACAUCCUUCACUCAGACUGCCACUCAGCCCGACUCUGCAGCCGAGGCCGAGACACCCGUCACACCCCCUCUUCCUCGCAUCGAGGUCCACGAAUCGAGCCCACGCUUGCGAACAGCUAGCCUUCAGCUCCCUCGCUGCCUGUUUGUAGACCCUCAGUCUUUGACCGCCUCUGCGCCUGCAUCUGCAGUCGAUCGCAUCUCUCGUUUCUGGAGCCCGGCACCAUCUCCUGCUUGGCUCUCUCGCAACGUUGAAGGCGUUGAGCCCACAGCUAGCAGCAGCCCUCUUCCGCUCCCGAUACCUCCCCCGCCCUCUCCGCCACUAUAUAUCGUCCCCCGUUCUUUGAGGCCGGACAGUUAUUACCUCCGCGAGCCCGAGAUCGAAUUCGAAUUCACGACAGCGCCACAGACGCCGAGAUCGACGUGCUCAUCUGUAACCCUCUACAACCCUUCUCAAAGAACCUCGUUCCUCGCACCGUCCAGCCCAGUCAACCGGCUCUCUGUGAUCUACCGUCGCUCGGUAGCAGACAACCGCCAGAGCCGACAUUCGGUGACAUUCAGCGAAGAGCAUAACGGGCACGUUAUCACGAACACUUCCCUGAACGUCUUCUGCCUUCCUCCGGAGACCUCCAGCCUACCCCCAUCUCCUCUUACGCCCCUUGCCCUUGACACCUCCCUCUUCUCUUUCCCCCUUCCUAGCCCAACACCAUCCCCGCGGGUAGCACCAAAGGACUCCCCCUACGCUAUCUUCACUCCCGCCCCCAACGCACACGAAUACUCGGAGGCUGUCAACUUCCGCCCGCCUGCGUAUCUCCUAAACUUCGUCAAGAAGAUCCUCCGCAACUCUACCAUCGACCCAGACAUGGAUCUCACAAGUAAGCAAGCGGAAACCGUCGACUGGGGAGGUGAGGUCGACUACUCGGGCAUCGAGUGGUUCAAAGACCCUCCGCCACGUCCUGAGCCCCCGCCCCAGCCCCAGGCGACGAUGGACAACUACGUUCCGCAACCAGGCGUGAUCGAGCAGAACGAGGCGUUCGACUACGCACUAAAGAGCGCACCAAACGUGCUCUACGCCCGCUUCAAGCAGUUCGGCCAGCUCGGCGUGCUCGCGUGGUGCUCCGAGUUCAGCGAGCUGAUCGACGCGUUGAAGCACCUCGGCUUCGACGGGAACAUGUUCGUGUCGACGCGCACGCAGGCGCUCAAGACAUGCGAGGACAUCCUCAAGCUGAACCUCGACAUCGAGAUGCAGAUCAUCGUGAUGUUCCUCUCCUCGCAGGUCGCGCGCCUCCGCCGCUUCCUCGACGCGGACCACCAGUGGGACGACUACCCGAAGCCCAAGUUCCCGAUCGACCCGAACGAGUACAAGCAGUAGCCCGCGCCGGCCUCCGUGCUGCUGCCAUUUUCUAUGUCCAUAAUAGGCUGUGUGACAUACUAUCUGUGCAUAUGUUUGCUGUGGUUUCGCCCUGGAGGGCGCGGUCUGUAUGGGCUCUCCCGCAUAUGUAUUAUAUACCUGCACGCAUCAUACCUCUUUAGUUUCUCCUGCUCCGCCUUGUGCUGUAAUCUACGUACGCAGUCGCUUUGGAAUGGAAUUUCAACGCAUUGCACACCAAC